UUCAGCGCGCGAAUAACGCAAUAAGGUGGAACAAGCUUACAACAACAUGUUUGUUUUCGCUCCUGGUAACACAAAAAUGUUCUGUCAUUUCGCGCGGUAAUGUCAAAAUUGUCAUUGUCAUAUAUUGAAUUGAAACGAUUGUUUUGUACGUUUUUAAAAUAUUUAUGAUUACAUUUCUUGUAUGUAUAAUUUAAUGGUUUCUAUCCAAUUAUUACUGCCCCGUCUCAGGAUUAACUAAUUUCUGGACUGAUUAAUCUAUUGAGUGACCUUUUCCUUGGAAAUUUACAAUCAAAAUGGACACUGAAGAGCCUUCAGAGCUAAUGAAACUACUUGCACACAAGGAUAAUGUUCCAUUAGCACUCAACAGGAAAUGUGACUCCACAACUCCUAAAGUUAUAUCUUAUUCUGUGGAGGUUCAAUGCGAAGUACCAACUGCAGAUAAAAGUACAAACUACAAUAGCCAUAAGCUAAAGACAUCUCAAUCAACACAAACUGUCACAUUUGAAAAACCAUCUUUAUGCAGUGCAACAUCACAGUUGGGAUCUGUAGAUAGUCUCACCGAGAACAAUUUACAGCAACACUUUAUAAACCUAAUUUGCAAUAGCCCAAAACAAUACUUAGGCAUUCCCAAGCAGUUCCAGUGGGUGCUUAAACAUAUAUGUGAGCACAACCGAAAUAAACUAUCAAAACUUACUCUGAUUAUAACACUUUAUAAAAUAAAGCAAAAUGGUUCCUUGAUAAAAAUCAGUGAUCAGUUUGACAUACCUUCAUCUGAAAUAAACAACAUGUUUGUAAAAGGGAUAGAAUGUCUUGCAAACUUCUUCCAAAACCUGAUCUUUCUACCCGCACCAGAUCAAAUAGAAGCACAACUGCCACACAAGUUCAAAGUAAGAUAUCCCAAUGUGCAGUGCAUAUUACAUAGCCUUGAAAUAGAAAUUAAAACACUAACAGACCCACUGCGCCAAGCACAAACCUGGUCAGAAGACAAAUAUGGUCACACAUUAAAAUAUUUGAUUGGAUGUACACCCAAUGGGUUUGUGGCUUUUGUCUCCAAAGGUUAUGGGGGUGGGGUUUCUGAUAAAGAUAUUUUAGAGGGGAGCAAUUUAAUAGACAUUUUGCCCCGUAAUACUGUAGUUAUGGCAGAAUGGCAGAAGAAAAGUUUUGUAGGUGUUGAAAGUCAUUUGAUGACAAAAGGUGUGAGGCUACUUCGCCCAAACCAUCCUGGUAUUAACUCUAGCACCCAACCUGCGCAAGAAGAAGCUAUCAAAAUUUUAAGAGUACAUCUUGAGAGGAUGACAAAGCGAUUAAGACAGUUUGAAAUGUUAUCCGAAGUCAACUCCAAGCAUAUAGGGUAUAUGGAUCAAAUACUCAUAAUAGCUUGUGGAUUAGUAAAUUUACAAACAACACCACAAACAAUAAGUAAUUAGGUACAUGAAGUAUUGUUUUUAUAAUAAGGAAACCUUAAGCUUGAAAAGUAAUUUUGGUUACAUUAAAUAGCCAACUAAUAGGUCCUUGGCAUCAUGCAUAAAGUAUGCGCUUUUUUUUAUUUGUUAGUAUGUUAAGGUAUAAAUCUUAUGUUUACUUUAACAUGAAUGUAACUUCAGACAGAAAAUUACCUCAUCUGUGUAAUUUCCUAAUAAAUGUAUAACUAUGACUGCA